AUGAACAAUAGUGUGAUCAUUCAACUUGAAUUUUAGAAUGGAAUUUAUUAAGGUUAAACAGUAUAAAAUAAAUACAAAUAAGGAUUGGGUGUUUAUUUAUGGGAAGAUGGAUGUGCAUAUUAUGGUGAAUGGAAAUCAGAUGAAAUAGAUGGUUUAGGAAUUUUCUUCAUACCUCCAAAGACUUAAAUUAUAGGUCAUUUUAAAAAAGCUUAAAUAAAUGGUAAUUGCAUUCUUUCAACAUGUCGAGGAACCUAUUAUGGUUAAUGGAUUAAAGGAUAGCCAGUUGAUUUUAUAACAGCAAAAUUAUAAAAUUUAGAAAUGAAUAUAUAUUUUUAAAAUGGUAAACCAAUAAAAAAUGAAAGGAAACAGAUACCAAAGUUUGAGAUACCAAUAUUGAAAAACAAAAUAAAUGAUUAAAAUGCUAUUUAAUAACUAGAACUCGAAAAUGGUAUUUUUUAUGGCAUAACUUCUAAAAAUCAACUCAAUUAAAUGAUACCAAAUGGAUUAGGAAUAUUUAUAUCUUUUGAUAGAUUAUUAUUAUGUAGUGGAUAAUUCAAAGAUGGGUUUUUACAUGGAAUUGGUAGAUUAUAAAAUUAAACUGGUGAUACAUAUACAGGUUAUUUUGAGAAUGGUGAAUAUAAUGGUAGAGGAAUAUACUUAUCAAAAAAAGAUGGAUUUAAGUGGAAAAAAGGAAUUUGGAAAGUAGGAGAUUUAAUAGAGGUUCAUUAAAAUGGUGUACUAAAAGACAUUUCAUCAUUGAAAGAAAUAAUGUGUAUUUCUAACUAUUAUCACUAGUCCCUUAUAGCGAUCAUAAGAAUCCUAUUUAAGUAUAGUAACCAAUUAAUGUCAAUGAGAUCAAAAACUUUGAAGAAUAAAUUAUAAAUUAUGUUUAGAAAUCUGCCUAUUCUUCUACCAAUACUUCACCAGAUAUAGGUAAAAAACAAACAAAAUUAACAAGAAAUUAUUUUUCUAAUUCACCUAAAACUUCAUAUGAGAAAAUAUCAGAAAUUCUAUUUGGAACAAAAAUUUAGGAAGAAAAGUAAUAAACAUAAAAGCUCAAAUAAAUUCAAUAGAAAAAGAAUAAUCAAUUAAUAAAAUAUUAUAAAGAUUAAUGCUAAUAAAUAGAAGAUUCUUCUAAAAUCUAACAUUUUACUAAUUAGUCUAAAGAACCUUAAAUUUCUCAUGUUAAAAUGAAAACUCAUUUUAUUGAAACAUCAAAUAUGAAAGAAGAUAUAAAGAGAUAAUUAAAUCAUAAUUUUAAAUAUCCAAAUUAAGAAAUAAAAUACUUAUAAAUCUUAUAAUAAGAUUAAAAAGUUGAAUCAUAAAUUAAAACAUCAACAAAUUUAAAGAGUGAAAGAAAUAAUAGAGUUAAAACAGAUCUAUAAUUAAAAUAAUAAUUAUAUCAUAAAUAGGAUAAAAAUAAAUAAAAUUUUAAUAUAUAAGAACCUUUACUUAUAUUUUAAUAAUAGAAAACUCAAGAUUCUCCUAAAAUAUCAUAAAAUUAAUUAAUUUCUAAAACUGAAAGAAAUAAUAAUAAUUAAUAACUAUCUGCUGUUAAAAAAAACAGUUUAAAAAAAUAAAUAAAUAACAAUUAAUAAAAUAAUUAAUGUUUGGAUAAUUUCAUUUCAAUUAAAGAUGAUAAUUUGGAAAUUGAUAAGUUAACAUCUAGAGAUAAAUAAUAGAGUUCAAUUUAAAGAAAGAGUUCCUAAGGGAAAAAAUAAAAUCAUCCUAAAAAUGAAUCAUCUAAAAAAAAGAAAGAUCCAAAAAUAUAAAGUUAAGAGUCUGAAAUGUCAUUAAGAAAAAAAUAAGAUUUAGAAUAAAUAAAAAAGUUAAGCUUUAGCUAAUAAGAUUUUGCAUCUAAUAUUGAUACAUUUAAAUGUACUGAUAUUAAUUAAUAUUAACAAAACAAUUUUGUAAAAGAUUAUAAACCUAUAGUUAAUGAUAAACAUGAAGUUGACUAAAACUAAAUAAUGUUAAUAUAAAGAUAACAAUAAUAUUUGGAAUAAAUUAUUGAUCAAUAAAAAUAAUAAUUGGAAAAUCUAAAGAAAGAAUAAUAAUUACUAGAUAAAGAAUAUUAAAAUAUUGAUGUAAAAUCAAAAUUGGUUACCAUAACUAAUGGAUCUAUAGAUUCAUUAGAUAGUAAUCCUCAAUAUUCAGAAAGUUUUAAUUAGGAUUUCAUUAAAUCAGUAAAAGACAUAAUGAGAUAUGAAUUAAAGAGGAAAUAAGGAGAUUCUAUAAAAGACUCUCCUCAAUUUGAAUAAUCUAAAAUAACAAAUAAUUAACAAUCCCUAUUUUCAAACGAUAUUUAGAGUUUUGAAAAUAUAAACCAACAUGAUAAAAUUACUAAUAUAAUUAAAAUUUAACAUGAAGAAAAUACAUAACAAAAGGUUGACUUUCAUCAACAAAGUAAAAAGGAAGUAGUAUCAUAAAGAGAUUUAGAUGAUUUACUAUAAGAUAAUUCUCAAAUUAAAUAAUCUAGAUAAAUUAGGAGAACUAAAAGCUCUAAAUGCUCUAUAAUAAAGAAUCUAUAAGACGAUUAAAAAAUCUAGAAUAAUUAAUCAUUAUCAAAUCAUUCCUUUCAUUAAUCUUAAGAGUAACCUUCUAAAAAUUUUGAAAAGGAUUAUAUGGAUUUCAAUAAAUCAGGGAUGUAUUAAGACAAUAAUUAAAAUAAAAUAAAAAAAUAAAAUUAAGAGAUUCUAAUUUAAGAAAAUGAAAUCAACUAAAAUUAAAGUAUUCACAAAAAAUCAUUAUCUUUAAUUCAAUUAUAAGAUUUAUAAAAUUUAGGAUUUAAAAAUCCAGUUAUUAAAUAAUAAUAUGAUAGUAAAACAAAAAAAAGUAAAAUAAAGGAAUCUGAAAAACAAUAAUCAAUAAAUAGCUUAAAAUAAAUAGCCUCUUAAUCAUAGCAUUCAUCUUGUAUUUAAAACAAUUAAUAGAAUAAGUAUAUUUAGUAUUAGAUACAUUAAAAGAAUUAAAAUGUUUAGGUUUCUAUUUCAUAAGAAGGGAAAAAUACUUAAUAAGAUAUUGAAGAUAUUAAACAAUAACUUGAAUCCUAAAACUAAAUUCUUAUUUCUUUAUAAAAUUAAAUUUUGUAGUCAUAAUCUAUUAAAUUUACAGAAAGCAAAAUUCAAAAUGUAGUGAGUCAUACAAAAUCUAAAAGUGAUUUAAUUAAUUUCAUUACUGAUCCUUGCAAUAGUCCUAUUAAAAAAGUUAUUAUAACCAAAGGGUAAUUCCCUGCUUUUUCAAUCAUUAAACCAAUAACUCCUAUUAGAUUAUGA